CCAGCAUUUCUCGAAUCCAUGUGUCUAUUUGAUUUCUUGAAUCCCUGUGUCCAUUGGUUGUUGAAAACUUGACACACAUUGUACAUGGUCUCUGCUAUAGUCAUGUGUAGGCUAGUGCAUGCUAUUGAUUUCUCACAGAUUGUUCAUGGGUUUCUUUUUCAGAUGAUUUUUGAAACACAAAAUACACUUUUAAUGACGUCAAACCCUCCCCCCUAUACUGAUACAGGUUAAGAUGCAGUGUUCGAUGGAGAAUGUUUUAAAAAUUAUAAAUUACAGAUAUGGUACUAAACUAUAAACUAAAUGAUAUCUCCUUCUGGUUUUGUGAGCUACCUCAUACAUUGUGUAUUUAUUAUAGAUUUCGGCAUCAUCAGUAAAGUGUUGAAAAUUGAUUUCAGUAUAAAUUGAGAAAGUGAGAUAGUGUGAAUAAAUGUUUGCAUCAGAUAUCAAUUGUACACAUUUGGACUGAACCUCUUCAGAUAUUGGGCCUAUACAGGUUAAAACUUCAAUAGAAAAAAAUUCACAAGUUAUCCACCAGUACUGGGGAAAUGAUCAUUGUAUUGGCAUUAGGAUGAAUCCUUCAGUUAGAGUUGACAAUCAGGUUGCCUGCAUGUUCUAAUCAAUGCAGAGUCCAUGAGAAUGUAGAUAAAUUCCAGCAUCUGUUGCAGACCCUUAUUGAUUUUUCCCGCCUUCCUCCUGCACUUUUCCAUGCCAGCACAAGCUUUUCAAUUUGACUGCAUUGAUUUCUGCAGUUUUGUGACACAAGCUCCGGCUGUACAGACCUUUAGGACUCCUUCCUCAGCACUGAUUGCCUAAAAUAGACCAGAUCACAUGGACAGUCUCCAUGGCUGUAAAUACAAUACAAGCUCUUCAUAACAAUCUUGAAAGUCUGUUUAACAUCCCGAAAUAUAAAAAAAAAAAAGUUGCUGUUGUGGGUAGGAAGGAUUUAAAUGACCACAUUAUGAAAGAGCAACGCAAUGUACAGCAUGCGGGCAGCUACAAAGGCCGGGAUUGAUUUUUAACUAUUUACAAUCUUUCUUGCGUCCACUCAAAAAAGGGAAGAGAGGGGGAAAAAUUGGUAUUUCGCUUCAUCCCGUUCAAGGAAAGACCUCAUUCUCACUGGAAAUGGUGUUAUGGUAUAGAUAUUUUUAGACUGACUAAUGACAAGUGUGUGUGUCACAGUGUAUAGGUAAAAAAAAAAAAAAAAAUCGGGAGAUAAUCGUAGGAAGUUGUAGGAAAUCAGAUUCAAUGAGAGGGAUUGGAGUUUGUUUUUAGUGAAUGUGCACCCAGGUGUAUCACAUACUAUAAACAGUGCUGGCUACGUCAUCCCUCUUAAAAACUUCAACUGUUCACUUUAAUUGUAGAUAUGUGUGUAAGUGGCAUGUGCUGUGAACAGUGAAUUAAGAGAACUGGACAGGCCGUUUUUACAGAACUAUGUAACAGAAGACGUAGUGUUUACACAUCAUAGCCGUACAAUACAAACUGUGGAUUUAUUGACAACCUGUAUGCAAGUGACACAGUGAGCGACCCCACAACAUGCUUCAGUGCAAUUCAUAUGCAAUUGCCUUUCAUUGAUGAAAUAAGCAAAUCAAUCAAAGAGGAAGGGGGCCUGCCUUAGAGAUAAGCCUUUCAGUAUGACAGAGCAGAGAAGCAGAUAGGGAAAAGAGUGGUCACUUCAUUCCAUAAUGACCAACAGGGGCAAGAAAAAUCGGACACCACUGUCCUUAAUGGUUUAUUUGGACAGAAGGAUGUGGGCAUUUUUCACCAGUCACUUUCACAGGUAAUAGAAAAGACAGGAUCACUCGGAUCUAUGGUGAUUCAAGGAGAAAAAAAGGAAAAAACUUUAAAUCAGGGAACUAUCAUAGACUUACAUAGGAAUAUUUAUUCUACAAUGGAUUUGAGUAACAAAACUCAAACUAAUAGCGCUCAGGGAUUAUUGGCAGCUGCUGCCUCAGGUAUGGGGGCACUGAACUUCAGUCAAGGGGAUUCAUUUAGGGGGGAGAGUCCCCAUGGUGGGGGACGGAGUGGAGCAACAGAUUCAUUCCCAUAUGGACUGAGUGGUGUUGCCAUGCCAAAUUACGGGUACCCAAGUGAUUUAUACCAGUUUACCUCAAAUGGUUAUCCUCGAAAGUCUCGCACGUGUAGUUACUGUGGGAAAGUGUUUACUAGGUCUACAACGCGACGGUAUCAUGAAAAGCGUUGUCCCCUACUUCGAGCAGCAGUGUGCAGCAUGGUACCACAAGAGGAUGGCAAGAAAAUCGGAAACAGCACAGCAUCUGAUCAUAGUGUAUCGUGGCCUAUGUCAUCUUCAUCCAUAUCUGAAUCUCGAAAAUCAGGGGAAUCCAAAGUCGUUCAGUCAGGAAAAAUCUCAAAUUCACUCAACAAAUCGUUACCUCCUCUCAUGACCCCUCCGUUUUUACUAGAUCGGAAGUACCUCAAAGAAAUGGAGUCUGCUGGCUACCAUGGAGUCAUUGUCAAGAAAGAAGCUCAGGAACAUCGCAUAUCUCAGGGCAGCAAACUGUACGAGGCCUCUACUGAUCUCCCAUCCUCCCACUAUGUGACGGAGUCACAAAGGUCACCUCACCUCAAGCACAGUGAAACAAGGGGUCAUUCCCUGUCUCCAUACAAUACCUCAGCUGGACUUGACAUGUCCAAAUCACCCUCAGGAACCUCUCAUGAUGAUGCUAGCUCAGUCACACAUGAAGACAAAUAUGAAAGGGAGGUCAUUCAGGAAGAAAUGCAAAGAGAACAUAGCAAAGUUGAAAAUGGUCAGGAUUCAGACGCAGAGAAGAACGAGUUAACAGGAAAUGGAAGGAUGGGAAGAGGAGAGAGAAGUGGAUUGUCUGGUCAAGAUGAUUCAGACUCCAUGGAUAUUAUUGAAUCUACCUCAUUACCAAUGUCUCAGGACACCCCGCACCAUUCAGCAACUAAUGGUGAGAACAAGAUGGACUUCAAAGACGGUGUGGAAGGAAGGGAAACCAAGUGUGAAAUCUGUGGAAAGAAUUUCCCUUCAUCCUGGCAGAUGCAUGUACACAAGCAAAUCCACACCAAAUUUAAGCCGUACGCAUGUCGAUUUUGUGGGGACAGAUUUUCAAAGGCAGGACUGAGAAUUACUCAUGAGAGAGCUCAUUUAGGAGAGAUUGCGUACACUUGUGCAUUAUGUGCUGCUUCCUUCACUAGCAAAAGCAGUCUACGAGUACACAUCAAACGCCAGCAUUCAGAGAGUCCUUGGUCCUGUAGGCACUGUGGAGAGGCAGUGGAAGCUCAAACUAGCUUAGUCAGCCAUUUGCAAAGUCACAACCUUACCAAAGAAGAGCAGGAAUCUCUACAGUACAUGCCUGGUGCCCCAGGAAGUGGUGACUAUGAUGAAGAUUCAUUGGAAGAUGGAGAUGAAGAGCAGGAGACCAUGGAUUCUGAAGCCUUGUCAGACUCCAUUGAAAAUGAGGCAUCUCCAGACAGAGAUGUUGAGAAUCGAGAACAGACACCUAACUCUUCGGGACUGGUUGACACUGAUGAACCGAAGGAGAUGUGCAGUAUAUGUGGGCAUGAAUUUCCUGUGAGUCACAUGGCAUUUCAUAUGAAGGUUCAUGAAGGUCAAAAACCCUAUAGUUGUCCCAUCUGUGGUAAAAGAUUUGGCUACAAAAACAACAUGAAAUCUCAUAUCAAGCUGCAUGCAGGUAUCAAGCCUUACCAGUGCUCAAUUUGUGGAGCCAAGUUCACCCGAGGAUCUACUCUACGAAGACAUGCCCGUCGUCAUGGCAUAUCGGCAGAAAGUGUAUGGGAUCUCUUUGUUAAAAACAGUGCAUCUUCUCAGGAAAACUUGCUACCCUCAACAAAUGGCAGUGAUGGCACUCCUAGGAAAAACAACAGCAGCAGUAUGUCGCUGCAUGCUUCGCCAGAUGAGCGUAAGGAGGAAGUCCCCUCCUAUGCGGACUCGGCGUACAGCAGUUUCUUCAAUACACCUACCUCAGUCGCAAUGUCAAAUGCAUUAUUUAUGAGCUACCAGAAUCACCAAGCAGCUGUUGCUGCGGCAGCCUCAUCAUUUCCGUCGAUAUUUAAUACCUCAUUACCAACUCCUACCUCAGAGAUACCUCUCCGAUCGUCUGCUGGAUUUUUGGAGACUAGUCACCACUCACCUCAGGCUGAUGCCCUUAAUCUUAGCAUUCAAAGAGCAGAGAAAGCUUACAAAAACAGCGAAAGUCAGGAAAAUAUCCUCUCUCCUCCUACCUCAGAUGAAAAGUCGUGGUCAGCAGCAGGAUCCAAUGUCCUCAGACCAACUGUUACCUUGGCACCAGGGGUUAAAGCUAACUCUGUGGACAUCGGUAUUCAGGUGAAUAAAUGUUGCAAGAGCAGCUUGGAGCUACUAAACGAAGAUGUCCGAAGUCCAAGUGAAGCUAGCAUACAUUCAGACCACAGUGGCUCCACCUACCAGCAGGUUUCCAGCUCAGGGUUAGAUAACUCCACAGAGAGCAUAUCAACACUAUUAGCCACCGGCAGACUCUACAAGUGUGAUCACUGUGAGUGCUACUUUUCAGAAUACGCAAUGUAUCGCAUUCACAGUAAACUGCAUGCACGAGGUGGUAAUCUGAAGCCGUUUGCCUGCCCUGUUUGUGAUGAGAACUGCCAAGAUAAAACUUACUUCUGCAUGCAUCUUGCAGAACAUUUGAGAUAGAAGUUCAGUACUUUGAUUAGCAUUGUCAGAAUGAAGACAUAGUGUACCUCUGUGUAGUGUUUGUAAUUUCUUUAGUCUUAUCACAUUUGUGUGACUGUAUCAUUAAGUAACAAGGGUAAUACGUAAAUACCCGGAACUAUUUACAUAUUUGGUCAAUAAUAUAUUAUACCUAGUACCUCGUUCAUUUAUUUUAUUUUUUUUUUUUUGAUAUGUAUUGUUGAGAAUAGUAAGUGAUCUGUCAAGGGAAAUAACCCCAAUUUGUGUCUUGAUUGUUAAAUCUGAUGAUAAUUUGAUAUACCUCAUCUUUUGUGUGAAUUUGUGAUGUAUGUUAAUUAAGAAAGCAGCAAAAAUGAAUUGUAUAUUUAUGGGUUUUUUUAUAUAUAUUUGACUAGUUGUCUGUCAGUGUGUAUGACUUUAAUACUUAAUUAUCAAAUACCUCAUCUAGCCAUAUGAUCUGCCUCGGAAUAAAAAAGAAAAUAUUUUGAGAAAAUAUAUUUUGUUUCUACUGCAAAUAUUUAAAUUCAGGUAAAUAUUGUAAAUUAUUUUUGUGCAAUGUGAAUGUUGAUUACGUGUAUUUAUUGAAACUGUUUCAUUGUUCAUUAUAUAAUAAGGAAGGAUUUUCCCAUGUUUUGCUCACAUGUAACAGUAUUGGCAAACGAGUCAUUCAUGCAAUUAUGAAUCAGAAAUAAGUUAUCUCGCAACGACUAAACGUCAUGAUACAUUAUAUGAUUUACAUAAGCAAAGCAAUAACUUCGUCUAUUAAUUUUGUGGUGUUUUUGUUUUCAUGGUAUAUAGAAUAUAUAUAUAUAUUAAACUGUGGUAUAUAGAAUAUAUAUAUAUAUAGAUUAGACUGUGACUCUCCUGAUAUUUUUUAAUGAAAAACAUUUUUUACUCAUACUGUUUGAUCUGAGGUAUGGUUUACUCUUUUGAUGUAAGUGUUAACUGCUUUAAAAUUGAUCACCACAGCAUUACAGAUUUUUUGAAUUUGAAAUGCACAUUUCAAGACAAUAGAUAUGUAUUACGGGUGUAAACGAUAUUCUUCCUUAUAUAUUGAAACUUUUGUUUCUGUAUAUGUGAAAUUGUUUGGAAGUUUUCGGGUAUGCUAACUUCCUUAUGCCCUUUUGACAGAAUGAAGGGGAUGGGUAUUUCUAAAUUGAUGUUUGUGGUUUUUACUCUUUUAGAAAUAAUCUUUUCAACGCUAAUUGCCAUCUCAGUUUUUUCGAGUAAUUUUUUUUUUCGAUAUAUAAAGUAUGAGAUGACAGUUAUCCUGAAACUGAAAACUUAAAAACAUUACAAAAAGUUCUGUGGUUUUAUACAAACUGCUUUUCAUUUAAACUCUACCCAGUAUACCAAACACGAAUAUUGUAAUCAACAACAUAUAGAUUUCAAUGGUACAAUAUUUUGAAAUUUCCAUAAGCUUAGAAGUGUUUUUUUUAAAAAUGUUUUCUGUAUGUGAAUUUGUAUAUACGUUGAUUUCUGGGGGCAUAUUUGACUCAGAUAUGCAUUUAUAUUAUCAAUGUUAUAAGUACGGGUACAAUUCAUCUCGUUCAUUCAAAUCUUUGUCACAUGUUAGUUGUAUAUUUCCCUAAAUGAAAGUGCUGAGUUUUCAUGUACUUGUACAUUAUGAUUUUAUAUACAGUAUAUAUAUAUAUCAUGUGAAAAUUUCAGGAAAACUAUGUAUACACAUAUAAACAUUUGUACAUAUAAUCAUUCUUCAUUUUCAGAUGAUGUUUAAGCCCUCAUCCACCCACAAACUUGCGUGAAUAAUUUUGAAAUACUUACAUUUUAAAUGUUUUUGACAAUUGUAACGAGAGCCAUUUCCUUGAUUUCAUUUUUGAAAAUACAUGAAGGAAUGAACUGUGAUGCCUGACGCCGGGAUACUUUUCAUGAAGCGCAUUUUCAAGUGCUAAUGCACUUAAUAAAGUAUGCAGGCGUCAAGCAUUGCAGGGUUUUUUUUUUCCAAAAUCUUACUAGUUUUUAGAGUUCAAUGGGAUGAUUUAAAGUGAAUUUUAACAUGUUCUCAAUCCUCAAACUACAAAUACAAUAACUAUCUGCAUGGUGAAGUAGCAAUUCUGCAAACACUAUUCUAUAAAGUGCUACAGGCUUUGUGUUGUGCUUUAGUACCAUUACUUAUGAUUCUCCAAGAUUGUGUGGGCCAAGGAUGAGGGCUAAACAAGUGUAUUUCUUUUAAAUUUAUAUAACAAUUGUUUGAAAUUAAACAAAAGUAAUUGGGCUCAGAAAACAUAAGUCUUGCCAAAAAUGAUCAUGAAACAGACUUGCAUCAAAUUUCAAUCAUCUGUUGAAUACUUGUUCACAAUGACACUGAAUUAAAUUGAUUAGCAGUUCUUGGAUGUAAUCCUGCGUUACAUUUUAUUUUGGGUUACUUGGCUACUGUACAAUUUUUGGUGUACGAUGUUUCAUGAUUCCUGGGCCUUUAUACUUUUUCCAAAAUUUAAUAUAACUCUAAAGAUUUUGUAAAAUGAAAAAAAAAAAAAGGUUUUGCCAUUUUGUACAAUUUUUUAAAAUAAUGUGUACAGUAUUUUGUACAUUAGAAUUUUUUUUUAUGUUGAGCUCAAUGUUACUUUGUGUAUGGUAAACUGUCUUAUACCCCCCCCCCCCUUAGUUUUUCUUUGAAAUUUUCAAGGACACCUGUCUGAUAAUGCUACAAAUGAUUAUAUAGUAACGAGGUUGAUAAACAAAAAUAAUCUACAAUUGAAUUACCAAAAGGUAAUCAAAAAAUUUGAUACUGUAUAUUUUGAGUUGUAGGUAAUUAUAUGUUGAAUGUUUUCAUUCUUCUUUAACUGUAUAAGCAAAAUGUUAGUAAUUUUUUUAGACCUGAUUUUGUAUUUCAUAUAGCCAGGUUGUCAGUGGUGCAUUUGUGAUCAGGAAUUUCCAUGGUGAUGGUUGUCGUAGACGACCAAGUAGCAGUGCGAAUCGUAUAGGUGUCCAUCUACAAAACUGAUAGGUAGAAGUUUCUGUGGGGCACUUUGGGACUUUAUUUAGGCAUUUUGUGAUUAACAUUACAGCUAAAACAAAUCUUUCAUAUGAAAGAAGGUACAAGUUUUAACAAGAAAUUGUGCAAACACCUGUCUCAAAAAGUUGAUAUUGUAUCUGAAGUGUAAGUAAUGAAGUUUGAAAGUUUACAUAUGUUUUGAAAAUGCAAAUAUAUAAAAUUAUGUUCUAUGAAUCGAGAUUGAAAUUGAAAGUAAAACAGCCCCCAUUUUGAAUUAUCAAGUUUCAUAUAAUACCCGAAGUCAGGAUGAAGACUUUGAAUAAUUUCAAGUAUUAUUUAUAGAGGAGUCAUUACAAAAUAUGAAAUUUUGGAGGAAAAUGUAAAUAUUGAGGAAAUAUUCAAAAAGAUGGAAAUAUAACGAAGUAACUUCUGUAAGGAGGCUUGUUUUGUUUGGCACAAAGUGCACGUUGAUAAGGGGCCAUGUGAUCUUGGAGAUGGAGGAUUUUUUUUUUUUUGUCAGUUCUUAUUCUGUUGACUUUUUAGAAUGAUAUUCUUAUUUUUCUACAUUUUGAAGGACUACAUGUUUUGCUCAGAGGAACAGCUGUACCAAAAGGCUAUCUAUUAUUUUGUAACCAUUGAAAUGGUAUAUAUAAUCUGCUGCAUCUUUCACUGUUAAAUAGAUGUGCUUAAAAUCAAAAUUAAAAGAUAUAUCAAAUUUUAAGAUUAGAAAUUGUAUCUUGCACGAGUAUUUCAUUUUGGAAUAUUUUUUGUCAAUAGUCCAAAAAUUUAUUAAUUGAAAUCUGAACGAUUCUAAUGUUAACAUUUCAGUGGUUGCGAAAUAAUGGAAUAUCAGUUUAUAAAUAUUUUAUGUAUACAUAUAUUAUUACCUAUAUAUAUAUAUCACUUGUUAAUAUUUUAUUAUUUUUCUGUUAACUUGUUAUCAUCCUGUCUGCAGAGUUAAGUGAAAAGAGAAUUCUUUUCUUCAUCUCUUUAUUGUAUCACAAUAUUGAACUUAGGGAAAACUACAGCAGUUUUAGAUCGCUCACAUUUUCUGUAAGUGAAACGGCCCUGCACCACAGAAACACAAAUACAUACUAGCUUUAAGGUGGUUUCUGCGGUGUAGGGCUUUACUUGUUGUGUAGUAAUCGUAGAUUGAAAUAAACAGACUAGUGUCACGUGUACCUCGGGCAAAUUUGCCUUGUAGUAAUAUCAAAUAAUAAAUAAAUAUUUUGGCAUAUUU